GAUCUAGAGAUCUAGAGAGAGAGAGUAUGGAUCAGUUUCUUGAGCUUUAUUCUGAAGCUUUUAACAUAGCCAUGGUGGUCCUGCUUCUCUUCCUGUCAUGGAAAAUAUUGUAUUCUUGUUGGAUUUCACCAACUCAGCGAUAUCAGAAGCUUCGGAGAAAUGGGUUUAAAGGCCCAACUCCAAGUUUUCCGCUGGGUAAUAGUAGAGAGAUGACUAAGAAGAAAGAAGAAUAUUCUUCUUUGGGAUCUUCAAAGUCCCCCCAUGAUAUUCACUCAAUGGUUUUCCCCUACUUUGCACAAUGGCAAGAGUCACAAGGAAAAGUAUUCAUCUACUGGCUAGGCACGGAGCCAUUUUUAUAUGUAGCGGAUCCUGAGUUCCUUAAGAAAAUGUCUGGGGAGGUUAUGGCAAGGAGCUGGGGGAAACCCACUGUAUUCAAAAAUGACAGAGACGCCAUGUUUGGCAAUGGUCUGGUUAUGACUGAAGGCGAUGACUGGGUUCGCCACCGCCACGCCAUCACUCCGGCAUUCCACCCCUCCAACUUGAAGGUUAUGGCAUCCAUAAUGGUGGACUCGACCGCUAGAAUGCUUGAUAAGUGGUCUACCCUCAUCAACUCCGGCAGACCGGAGAUUGACAUUGAGAGGGAAAUCACGACAACGGCUGGAGAGAUCAUUGCUAAGACAAGCUGCGGCGUAAGUAACGAAAGUGGCCGGAAUGUUUUCCACAAAUUAAGAGAGCUGCAAAUUACUCUGUUCCAGACCAACCGCUUCGUGGGGGUCCCUUUUAGCAAAUUAUUAUUCCCUAAGAAAGCCCUAGAGGCCAAAAGGCUUGGAAAAGAAAUCGACCGGCUGUUUUUGUCAAUCAUAACCGACAGACAAAAAACGAUUAAAGAACAACCUGCUUCUAACGACUUGCUAGGGUUAUUGCUUCAAGGGAGCCGUGUCGACGGCCGGCCGGUGAAGACAUUAACGCCACGGGAGCUCGUCGAUGAGUGCAAGACUUUCUUCUUUGGAGGCCAUGAGACGACAGCAUUGGCAAUCACGUGGACCUUGCUGCUUCUGGCUGUCCAUCAAGAUUGGCAACAUCAGUUGAGAGAUGAGAUUAGAGAAGUUGUUAAAGAUAAGGAGAUUGAUGUCAGCAAGCUUGCCGGACUAAAGAAGAUGGGAUGGGUAAUGAAUGAGGUUCUUCGACUGUAUCCAUCAGCACCAAACGUACAAAGGCAAGCAAGAGGAGACAUCCAAGUAGAUGACCUAACAAUUCCUAACGGUACCAACAUGUGGAUCGACGUGAUCGCCAUGCAUCACGACCCGGCACUGUGGGGAGACGAUGUGAAUGAAUUCCGGCCAGAGAGGUUCAAGGAAGACGGAAUCUAUGGCGGGUGCAAGCACAAGAUGGGGUAUGUGCCCUUUGGGUUUGGAGGGAGAAUGUGUAUCGGCAGGAACUUGACGUUCAUGGAGUACAAGAUUGUGUUAACCCUAAUUCUCUCGAAGUUUUCCUUCACCCUCUCCCCAACUUAUAUUCAUUCUCCUUCUAUUUUGCUCUCUCUAAGGCCUCAGUAUGGGCUGCCUCUCAUAGUUCAACCUCUUCAGACCAACUAGUAAUUCUAUUGUA